CGUCAUCACGUGACUUUCAUGGGACAGUGAAGAUCACACAACUUCAAAUAUUUGUUAGGCUCGAAAUAUCAAUCGUCUUCGACCAUGUUAGACAAAACGUUAUGGGAACAAUUUUUAGAUGUAGUAGAACCUCAUCUACCGGAAUAUCUCCACUGGAAUGAAAUAUGUUGGACGUUCGUUUUUUACCUGGCAGAGGCAAGACGCCAUAUUCAUCGAUGGUGCCGAGGAAUGGAAGCAUGGGAGAUUGUUGUCAAUACAGUGACCUACUGCUUCUUUGUUUGGCUUGCCUUGGAAAUUCUACGCUGGGUGAUUGGAUGGGCAUUCUUCAGAGAAAAAAGUCUGAUAGAGAGAGUAAAGAAAGGAUUUUUUCGAACGUUGAGAAGAAUGCCAUUUAUAAAAGAUAAGAUAGCCAAUGAAAUGAAUAAAACUGUGGAAGAAAUGGGCAAAACAGUAUUUCCUGUGAAGCCAGGAGAGACCUUUCAUACAAGACUACCAGCCAAAGGAAUGAAAGAGAAAGAUCUAAUGAAGGAAAUUGAAAAUUACACAAAGCUUGGUGAAGUGAAAUGGGAGGAAGGACGUGUUUCUGGAGCAAUUUAUUGUGGAGGAAAAGAACUCACAGAAGUGCUAACAAAGGUCUAUUCAAAAUUUACUUGGGCCAAUCCACUUCAUGUGGAUAUCUUUCCUGAUGUGCGGAAGAUGGAAGCAGAAGUUGUUCAGAUGUGUGUCAAUAUGUACCAUGGAGGGAAGGAUGCAUGUGGAACUAUGACCAGUGGAGGAACUGAGAGUAUAUUGAUGGCAUGUAAGGCAUAUCGUGACUGGGCAGUUGACCGUGGAAUAACACACCCAGAAAUUGUGGCACCUAUAAGUAUUCAUGCAGCAUUCGACAAGGCAGCUCACUAUUUCAAUAUUAAGCUUGUUCAUGUUCCUGUUGAUGAGAAAACAAGGAAAGUUAACAUCAAGGCCAUGCGGAGAGCAAUAACAAAGAAUACCAUUCUACUUUGUGGCUCAGCACCUCAGUUUCCUCAUGGUGUUAUGGAUCCAAUUGAAGAAAUAGCCAAACUUGCCAAAAAGUAUAAUCUUGGUUGUCAUGUAGAUGCCUGCCUUGGUGGUUUUUUGAUACCAUUCAUGAAAAAAGCUGGGUUUAGUCUUCCUCCAUUUGAUUUUUCUGUAGAUGGAGUUACAAGUAUAUCCUGUGAUACACACAAGUAUGGAUUCUCACCCAAAGGAUCUUCAGUUAUCAUGUACAGCAACAAGCAUCUCAGGCAUUUUCAGUAUUUUGUUGCACCUGAUUGGCAAGGAGGAAUUUAUGCCUGUCCAUCAAUACCUGGCAGUCGACCUGGUGCAAUCAUAGCAGCGACAUGGGCUACAAUGAUUUACUAUGGAGAGUCUGGUUAUGUUGAGAGCACAAGAAAAAUUAUAUCAACAAGAAAGAAAAUUGAGGAUGGCUUGCGAAAGAUCAAAGGUAUUUUUGUUCUUGGAAAACCUGAAGUGAGUGUGGUGGCGUUUGCUUCACAUGAUUUUGAUGUUUACCACCUGGGCGAUGCUCUCACCAAGAAAGGCUGGCAUCUAAACACCCUUCAGUUCCCUUCAAGUAUUCAUAUUUGUGUGACAGCUCUGAACACACAGCCAGGUGUGGCUGAUCAGUUUAUUAAGGACGUCAGAGAAUGUACCGCUGCACUUUUGAAAGAUCCUGCAGCAAAAUCAAGUGGCAUGUCUGCCAUCUAUGGUAUGUCCCAGAGCAUUCCGGAUAGAUCCAUUGUUAAUGAAAUAGCGUGGGGCUUCUUGGACUGUAUGUACAAUGUCAAUCACGAACCAGCUCAUGAGAAUGGAGUCGUCAAGCAUUAAUUUUGUUUUUGGUACGAAGUAAUAAGGUGCAAGUCACACAAUUGAUUCGUUAAUUUACCUCCACGCCCGAGGUGUCACGCAACCUUUCGUCCAACUCUUUUUCGACGGAAGCGUCGCGUGACAUUCCAAAGUUCGGCUACGCAGGGGCUCUCUGUCUCUUUAUGUAUUGGAAAAGAUGGAACGCUUUUUCAGUCGUGUACCUUUGUAUUUAUCGGGUAAAUUAGAUAGAGUCUAUUUUCUACGGCUUUGAUUGGGAUCAACAAUUUCUGGAAGAAAGCGAUUUUUCGUUACAUCUGAUGGACUAGUGAGUCAACGAUCGUGAAAUAGACACAACAUGAUAUAACGUUUCAGCGGUAGCCUUUUGGGUACCAAGGGCCUUUUGAUUCAUGGUACUGACCCAUAGAAACCUAACUUUGAGAACAAGAUAUUACUAAUAUAUUGAUCAUUCCUGGGUGAAAAAAGAAUAAAUGAGUAUAACUUAGCAGCUAGAAUUAUUUUAAAGAAACACCCUAGAAGAAAUGCACCUAUAAUCUUAUUACAUUGACCUAUUAACUUGCUUAUUAUUGGCCCUGGUUUUCUUUAGUAAGGGCGACAGGAAGGGAACUUAAACCAUUAGCCUAAGGAGCAGGCAUUAAUUUAUAAAGCGUGGUUACAUUAAUAUAAGCUAGAGGAAAAAAGGUUUUUGAUAAUAUUAUUUACCUAUUUCAGUGCAAACUAUAAAGGCUAUAGAAUUGUCAGUUGCAUCACGGGGUGCCAACCAUCAGCUAGGAUUUGCUGGCCAGGUCGGCUCAUUCUCAUAAAGAAUUUGAGCCUACGUAUCGGGUGCUCCGUGCAACCGCGUGCGAGUGACUUAGACCGUCACGCGAGAUAGAGAAAUGAUCGCUCGAUUUUCGUUUUUCUGUGUUUGGUUGUUCGUUUUUAAUACAUAGCAUAACGAAUACUUUCUUAUGUAUGGGAAGCAAAACAACCAAGGGUAUCACAUAUUUCAAGUGUUUUUUACGGUCGAUCCACCCUUCUUCGUUGUAUUUACUCAGGCAGGUCCUAGGGUAUCAAAUACGCAUGCGUCGCAGGCCUGGAUACAUUCCGGUUAAAACUCAGGGGAGCCUUUUCAUUUUAAAUUUUUAAUGAAUUAAUGUAGGAAUGCGGGGAUUUUUUUGGAGUUUGAUUAAUUAAUGAUUAUCUAGAAAUUAGAUUUAAUAUAGAUUUGAUUAGAUUUGUUCCUGUGUUCACGCUAGACUGGAGCAUGUUUAAUUUGAUCAGAAAAAGCUAGAUUGAACACGAUAGACCUGAGAAACGACGAUCGGAAAAUAUUCUCUUUUUGUUGGUUUCGAGCCCAACAAUUUGAAGAAAA